AUGGGUUUAUGGGUGGCGGUGUGUUCUUGUGAACCAAGAUCGGUUUUGCUAGAUAUCCAAGCCUUCUCUACCGCAAAGGGUUUAUUCUAUAAGAUUAGUGGAUUUGCAUCAAUGGAUGAUCUGGAGAAGGCGGUACUCAUCAUCUUCGAUGAAUCGGGGACUGUUACAUCUGUAUUGAAGUCACAAGCAGUUACAUUCUGUCAACAAAUCAAAGAUAAUCCAUCAAUUUGUCGUAUAUGUAUCGAACGAUUGUGUUUCUCGAAACUCGUUCAAGUUCAGUUUUGGUGUUUACAAUGUUUGCAUGAAGUCUUGCGUUCUCGCUACUCUGGAAUGAGCACAGAAGAGAAAUCAUUUGUUAGGACAUCGGUUUUCUCCAUGGCGUGCUAUGAAACACUUGAUAACAGCAAUUCGGUUAAGGUUUUGGAUGGUCCUUCUUAUGUAAAGAAUAAGCUCGCUCAGGUUUUGGUUACUCUGAUCUACUAUGAGUAUCCAUCAAUCUGGUCUUCCAUUUUCGUUGAUUUUCUCCCUAAUUUGAGCAAAGGUGGUUUAGUGAUUGAUAUGUUCUGUCGUGUUCUAAAUGCUCUGGACGAUGAAUUGAUAAGCCAAGACUACCCACGAACACCAGAAGAGGGUGUGGUGUCAGGGAAGAUCAAGGAUGCAAUGAGACAACAAUGUGUCAAUCAGAUCGUUCAUGCUUGGUAUGACAUUGUCUCCCUAUACAAGAACACCGAUUCUGAACUCUCUGCCUUUGUUCUCGACACCAUGAGAAGAUACAUCUCAUGGAUUGAAAUCGGUUUAGUGGCAAACAACACUUUCCUCCCUUUACUAUUCGAACUAAUAUUAGUAGAAGGAUUACCAGAUCAACUCAGGUCUGCAGCUUCCGGUUGUGUUCUUGCUGUUGUUUCUAAACGGAUGGAUUCACAAGCUAAACUCACCCUUCUCCAGAGCCUUCAAAUGAAUAGGGUUUUUGGUUUGGUAGCAGGUGAUGUUGACUCUGAAUUUGUUUCAGGGUUAGCCUCUUUGCUUAUAGGCUACGCUUCUGUGCUUUUAGAUUGCUUAAAGAAUCUCAACAAUGGAGAUCACAAAAGAGCUUCCACUGAUCUUCUGAAUGAAGUCUUACCAUCUGUUUUCUACGUUAUGCAAAACUGUGAACUGGAUACAACCUUCAGUAUUGUCCAAUUUCUUUCUGGAUAUGUUGCAACAAUGAAAGGCUCAUCUCCAUUGACAGAAACACAACUUUUUCACGUGGGCCAGAUCUUGGAGGUAAUCCGUAUGCAAAUUAGGUUUGAUCCAAUGUAUAGGGACAAUCUUGAUGUGUUAGAUAAAGUAGGAAGAGAAGAAGAAGAUAGAAUGAUUGAACACAGAAAAGAUCUGCUAGUCUUGCUUCGUACAGUAGGGCGUGUAGCACCUGAUGUCACCCAAAUCUUCAUUAGAAACUCAUUAUCAAAUGCUGUGGGGUCCUCUCUUGACAUUAAUGUUGAAGAAGUAGAAGCUGCUUUAUCACUCUUUUAUGCAUUUGGUGAAUCUUUAAGUGAUGAGGCAAUGAGAACAGGUAGUGGGAUCUUGAGAGAACUUGUCCCUAUGCUGUUAUCCACAAAAUUCCCUUGUCAUUCUAACAGACUUGUUGCAUUGGUGUAUCUUGAUACAAUAACAAGAUACAUGAAAUUUGUUCUUGAAAACAACCAAUACAUUCCUUUAAUUUUAGCUGCGUUUCUUGAUGAUCGAGGUAUACAUCAUUCAAAAGUGAAAGUGAGUCGAAGGGCGAGUUAUCUUUUCAUGAGAGUUGUGAAAUUGCUCAAAGCAAAACUCGUUCCUUUCAUUGAAACAAUUCUGCAUAGUCUGAAUGAUACAGUUUCACAGUUUACAAGUAUGGAUUAUGCAUCAAAAGAGCUUUCUGGAUCUGAAGAUGGUAGUCAUAUUUUUGAAGCAAUUGGAUUGUUAAUUGGAAUGGAAGAUGUGCCACUAGAAAAACAAACAGAGUAUCUUUCAUCUUUGCUUACUCCCCUUUGUCAACAGGUUGAGAUAUUGAUUGUGAACUCAAGAGUUCAAAAUUCAGAAGAAUCACAAUCAAAAGUUGCCAAUAUCCAACAACUUAUCAUGGCAAUUAACGCAUUGAGCAAGGGGUUUAGUGAGAGACUUGUGACAGCUAGUCGCCCUGCAAUUGGCCUCAUGUUUAAACAGACAUUGGAUGUGCUGUUACAAAUCCUUGUGAUCUUUCCAAAAGUAGAAACCUUGCGCUCCAAGGUUACUUCAUUUAUUCACAGAAUGGUGGAGACAUUAGGUUCAUCUGUGUUCCCUUACCUUCCAAAGGCCUUGGAGCAGCUUCUUUCUGAAAGUGAGCCAAAAGAACUCGUGGGCUUUCUUGUAUUAAUAAAUCAACUCAUAUGCAAAUUCAAUACAUCUGUUCAAGAUAUUCUUGAAAAUGUAUACCCUGUUAUUGCAAGUAGAGUAUUCAGUAUUAUACCAAGGGACACAAUUCCAUCAGGACCUGGUAGCAACACAGAGGAAAUUCGUGAAUUACAAGAGCUUCAAAGAACAUUCUACACGUUUCUUCAUGUGGUUGCAACUCAUGGAUUAUCAUCUGUGUUUCUUUCUGCUAAAAGUCGAGUUUAUUUGGAUCCAAUGAUGCAGUUACUGUUGUUCACUUGCUGUAAUCACAAAGAUCUCACUGUCAGAAAGGCUUGUGUACAAAUAUUUAUUAGACUGAUUAAAGAUUGGUGCAAUAGGACAUAUGGUGAAGAAAAGGUUCCUGGUUUUCAAACCUUUGUAAUCGAGGCUUUUGCAACAAACUGUUGUUUAUACAGUGUCCUUGAUAAGUCCUUUGAGUUUCGUGAUGCAAAUACUUUUGUUUUAUUUGGAGAAAUUGUAAUGGCUCAGAAGGUUAUGUAUGAGAAAUUUGGAAAUGAUUUUCUGAUUAAUUUUGUAUCAAAAGGGUUUCUUGCUGCACAUUGUCCUCAAGAUUUAGCAGAAGAGUAUUGCCAGAAAGUACAGGGCAAUGAUAUGAAGUCACUGAAGUCAUUCUACCAAUCACUUAUUGAAAAUCUGAGAAGGUUUUUGCCUGUAAAUAACAUUUAUCUGGCUCUCUUCCAUUUCCAUUAUUACAUCGAGGUGUAAAUUUCCGAAGAAAUGUUGACCAAUCCAAGAAUACAAGUGGUCGUCUAUAUUGCUUUAAUUAAUAUAUGUUUGUGUUGCCUACAAUUGAUAUGAUAUGAUAUGUUCUCCGAUAUUUUUUCAUGGGGUCGAGGUAUAAUUAUUGUGUAUUUUGUUUGUUGGAAUUUAUUGAUUUUUGGACCAGUUUUUGUUGGAA